GCCCAAUCUCAUACACGAUGAAAUAAAGCUCUAAAACCCCCAACAAGUUCGUCUUAGAGUAGGGGAAAAAAAAAAAAAAAAAAACAGCAUAGUUCGCAGUGAACAAAGAAGAAGAAGAAGAAGGAGAUGGGGACCUUAGGGAAAGCAAUAUACACCGUUGGAUUCUGGAUUCGGGAGACUGGGCAAGCCAUUGAUCGCCUCGGCUGCCGCCUCCAAGGAAAUUACUAUUUCCAAGAGCAGCUGUCUAGGCAUCGGACUCUCAUGAACAUAUUUGAUAAAGCUCCAGUGGUUGAUAAGGAUGCAUUUGUUGCUCCAAGUGUCUCUAUUAUUGGGGAUGUUCUAGUGGGAAGAGGAUCAUCUGUUUGGUAUGGAUGCGUACUAAGAGGUGAUGUCAACAGUAUUAGCGUUGGAUCUGGAACUAACAUACAAGACAAUUCCCUUGUGCAUGUGGCAAAAUCCAAUUUAAGUGGGAAGGUCUUGCCUACUAUUAUUGGAGACAAUGUUACUGUAGGUCACAGUGCUGUUUUACAUGGCUGCACUGUCGAGGAUGAGGCCUUUGUUGGCAUGGGAGCCACACUUCUUGAUGGUGUUGUUGUUGAGAAAAAUGCCAUGGUUGCUGCUGGAGCUCUCGUGAGACAGAAUACUAGGAUCCCUUGUGGAGAGGUAUGGGGAGGUAACCCAGCAAGAUUCCUGAGGAAGCUCACCGAUGAGGAGAUAGCCUUUAUAUCACAGUCAGCCACCAAUUACUCCAACCUUGCACAAGUACAUGCAGCCGAAAAUGCAAAGCCUCUAGAAGAGAUAGAGUUUGAGAAAGUCCUUCGUAAAAAGUUUGCUCGUCGGGAUGAGGAAUAUGACUCAAUGCUGGGUGUUGUUCGCGAAACGCCCCCAGAACUUAUUCUUCCAGAUAACGUCCUACCAGACAAAACACCAAAGGCUUCUCAAAAAUGAGAUCCACAUUCUCUUUUUCUUUUUUCCCUUUUUUCUUUUUCCUUCUCAUUAAAAUCUUGAGAUUUGUCUUAACGGAUUAUUUAUUCUCAUGUGCGAAUACUUGGAAAGGGGGAUCUCUUCUUUUCCAAUAAAUACCAGACAUGCUUCAGGGCAGAAUUAUUGGUCUUUUGCUAGAUGUUCACUUACUCUUCCCGGUGGAAACUACUAAGUAGCAUGCGUUAAUGUUAAUGUUGUGUUUGUUGUA